AUGUUCUCUACCGGUCAUCAGGACCUCGAAAGGCUGCACAAAGUUGCAGAGGGUACCGAAUGGGACCCUAUCGUGAUUGAGGGGACCAGCAUCGACUUUGAUCGACUCCUUGCAGUGUUGAAUCCAAUGUCCAGGAGAUGUGACUGGCUCCCUGGCGAUCCCUUGCCGUACCAAGGAGGAGUGGACGAGUAUCCUCAGGUUAUCGACCAAAUCAAGGAGCUAGCCAUGAAACACCUCGAGGCGAUGAACUUACCUCCGAUUGAGAAAUUCAAACUGGGGGUGGAGUAUUGUGUGCCAGGCUGGUACGGUGACGCCUUGUCGCAGCUUGUCUCUGAGAAUCUGUUUGACAAAGAUCGAGAGUUUUGGGAGAUAGACAAGAUCUUUAACGCAGAUUGGGAAACCGCAGCAUUGGCGCUUUGGGUUCGGGGCAGGGCGAUGCAAUCGUUAUUCGAACAAGAGGAGAUGGUCAGAACUCGUGGUGUAACAGCUGCGACUACCUUCGUGGCAGAUAGGGCGACGAGAGAACUCGAGAAUCUUGCAUGA